ACGGAACUCCAUUCCGAGACUGCCGUGACGCUACCUUUUCCCCCCAAAUAGAGCCAAAUAGUGAGACUGUAACUAAAACCCUAGGAGAUCAAGACCACCAAAUCGAAAUUGAUCAUCUUGCAAUUCAGUCUGUAGAAGAAGAGAUAUGGAUAGCGAGAACACCGAAAUCUAUCACGAGAAGCAGAAAUUGCAAUUUUGCCUCUUACAUGCCCUCAACAAUCUCUUCCAGCAACAGGAGGCAUUUACUCGAGCGAGAUUGAAUGAAAUUUCUGGGAAACUUGUUCUUGAUGAUCCCAGCAAAAAGACUUGGACACCAUUGUCUAUAGUCUUCAAGCCUCACCAUAAUGCUUUUACUGGAAAUUACGACAUUAAUGUUUUAAUUGCCGCUCUUGAAGAGAAAGACAAGACUGUUGUCUGGCAUGACCGGAGGAAUGCAGCUUCCACUAUUGAUCUUGAUGGGGCUGAUGAUAGUUUGUUUGGUAUUGUCCUCAAUGUUCCAGCUAGACGGUAUGCAUUGCUUUGGAAGGGUAGGCAUUGGAUUACCAUGAGAAAGAUUGGUGGGGUUUGGUAUAACUUGGAUAGUGAUCUUCCUAAGCCUAUGCCCUUUGAAGGUACUCGAGAGGUUAGGGGAUAUUUGGAUUAUGUUCUAAGUAAUGGUGGAGAGGUUUUGCUUGUCAUGAGCAAGAAAGAAGUGUGCAAGGCACGUGAGGAAAUUGUUAGGAAUCAGUUGGAGUUAGUAACUGUGAACAUGUCAGCAAGGAUUAAUCAAGUGAAAUACAAACCUACUGGUAUCAACCAGAACGCAAUAUCCAUCAGGCGAAACUCUGGUAACAGAGUUUCUGGGAAUAGACGGCUUGGUCGAAGUUGUGGAUUCAGGCUCCUGAAGAGAUCAAUAAUGUCACCAGCGGUAUUUCUCAAGCAUCUCGGUGGGAAGGUAGCCAAAGCUCUGCGUUUGGAGAGGCGGCCUUCACCUGGAGUUUCUUCUUCAGGAAGAUCAAGACCAUCUGUAGCACCCAUUGAUGCUCACAGAGCUGAAGCCAUAGAAGAUUGCAUUGAGUUCAUCAACUCUGCUUCUUUGUCUAGGUCAAAUUCCGUUACUGCAAAUCCUUGUUAAAUUAUUGUUACAGUCAACUACAUGACCAUUAAACUUUUGUUGUACGCCCUUUACGAAAAUGAGAAGAGAGAAUAAACAAUGUAAACUCCAUUUAACUAUGCUAUGAAGGAAA